AGUGUGGUUGGGACGUUGGGGUUCCCUCAGGGGUGGAAGUGUGGGUGCAGCUCUACCCUGCCCCUGCUGUGGCGCGUGCACACUGGCUGGGUGUGGGUUUCGCACACUCAUGUGUGUAGGUCGGUUGCCUCACUGAUUGAGGGCACCGGAGGCCCAGAUGGGGACUAAUGUGUGCCUGUGUCUCCACCCCAUGCCUUGCUCCAACCAGAAGUUUGGGGAGCAGGCGUCGUCCCCAUUGCAGCCCCACUGUGCGUCUGUAUGCAUGUGCGCAUGCGUGCAUCGUCCCCACCCCUGGCAUCUGUCUUCUAUCUCAGCCCCACCGGCCUGAGCCUCAUGUCACUCGCCUGGUGCUGUCCGCUGGUGAAAGAUGUCACCCAGAGGCAGGCCAGGGGAUGUUUUCCCUGUUCUCAUUGCUUCCAGAAGAGGAGAAGUGGUGGCCUUUCCCACGGGGGCAGCUGGUGGCAGUGUGGCAGCCCGGCCUCACCCGGGCAGGGUUGUGCAUGACCCCCAAGUGGGGGGAGGAAGGCUGUUGCCAUGGUGGCCUGUGCGAGGCAAAUUCCUCCAGGGUGAAGUGGGAGAUAUUUAUACCCAGGGUCAGGCAGAGAGCAGGCCAGCGGCCGAGGGCAGGAGAGCCGGGCUGUUACGGACACAGCGAGGCCGUGGUGUGCGGGCAGGUGGCCCUUGGGCGUUUCCUGGCUGUCUCGUCCCUGGCAGUGUCUGUCUCUCCACCUGGGUGGGGUGAGGCAUCUGCUCUCCCCUGCCAGGAAGCACCACAGGAACACGACCCAUUCACCUACGACUACCAAUCCCUGCGGAUCGGAGGCCUUAUAAUCGCCGGGAUUCUCUUCAUCCUGGGCAUACUCAUCGUCUUGAGCAGAAGAUGCCGGUGCAAAUUCAACCAGCAGCAGAGGACUGGGGAACCUGAUGAAGAGGAGGGAACUUUCCGCAGUUCAAUCCGCCGUCUGUCCACCCGCCGGCGGUAGAGACACCUGGCGCGAUGGGCCCCAGCCAGGUCCCGCAGCUCUAACUAGGCUGGGGGAGAGAGGAGAGAGGAGGAGGAGGGGGCAAAGGGCUGGGAUAGCAGGCCUGGAGGGCUCUCCUGCCCCUCACCCUUUUCACCCCCACAGGAUUCCCCUGGCACUUGACGCUUCCCACCCACCUUCUGCACGCCCACCACCACCUGGACUGCCCUCUUCCCUAGCCCUGCCCCCACAGACUCUGACGCUCAGAUUUCCAAUAAAACGUGCUUUUCUCUCUUGA